AGAAUCGACCGUGACCCCUCUCUCCAAGUCUGCCCCGAUUUUUCAAGCGACGACUAUGCCGCCAUCCGCACUGCCGCCGCUAGGGAUCGCAACGUAUCUGAUGCUGAUAUCGCAAGAGAGUUGACCGAAGCUUGGACCGCGAGAAAUGACGCUGCCAAAGCAGCUUGGGCGGCUCAACAGGAGGCUGACCAUCCUCAAGGCGGCAACCCCGACAACCCUCCGUCACUCGCAACUGAUCGUAAGAAGCCCGCUCUUGCUCCCUUUGAUCCUGAUCUCGCAGCACCGGAUCACCUGCGUCCGCGCCCCUCCGCAUUCGCCAUCCACAAGCUCGAAAAUUUUGAAUAUGUAGAACUUUGGUAUUUCACUCAAGACAGGUGCUUGGAUGCCCUCUCGUCCUCCCACUCCACAGGCGACCAUACUUUUGGUCUAGCUUCCGAAGAAGAUGUGCUGGCUCUGCGCCCAAUUGCGGCAUACAAACCCUCGAAGGCCGUGGUGGCUGACGAUAAGCUGUCCUGGCGACAAAUGGAAAUGGGCUUCUCCAGCAUGCUCACUGAAAUGGAAGCCACCCAAUGGAGCGAGGCCCACCGCACCGCGCUCGCAAACUUCUAUUGGAACCUCACCAACCACCCUUAUCGCACCAGACCCUACGGCGAAACAGCUCUCAUCACAUACCAAGCCCGUGUCAGACGCCACUGGCACGACUCCUUGAAGCAGGGUAAGGGCUACAACAUCAGUGGGGUCAACAACAAUCUCCUUAGCUCCAUCAAUGACGAGGUCUGGGAUAAACACAAGAGGGAUGCAUUA